AUGUCGAAAAUCAAUAUUAAAACGACCUUCGAAGUAGCAAAUACCAUUCGUCCCAUUUAUACAGGUGGAAGUAUUUCGCUCGACGCAAGCGGCCGGCAUUUGGUGACAUGUGUCGGCGAAGAUGUCGUGAUUACAGAUCUAAGGGCCGGUGGGCAAUUGGCGACGAUUGAGGGGGAUGGAGCUGUGGUUACAAGCAUAUCAAUAACCCCGUCAGCAUCUCACCUAGCAAUAUGCUCGCGAUCGUUGUCGAUGCGGAUUUACUCGCUGACGCAAUUGGAGGAACCCUCUCCUUCAAUACAAGUGGAGCUCCUCAGAACCCUUAAACCCCAUACAUCUCCUGUAGUAACUUCAGCCAUUGAUGCGACGGGAACCCUUUUGGCUACAGGAAGCUCAGAUGGGUCGAUAAAAAUAUGGGAUAUACGACGGGGAUUUGCUACACAUACUUUCCAUGGCCAUGGAGGGGUAAUAUCUGCCCUAUCCUUUUUCGAAGCAGCAGGAUCCAAUGCUGCCGAUGGACCUUCCAGAAAUAAGAAGAGUACAGGAUCGAAAUCCUCAUAUGCCAGCGAUCGCCACAGAAAUGGAGAUCGUGGCCCCUCCGCUGCGGGAUUCCGCCUUGCCUCUGGUAGUGAAGAUGGCAAAAUUCUAAUAUGGGAUCUUCACAAGAGGAGCAGCAUCGCAUCUCUCGAGUCUCACGUUUCUGUUGUGCGCAGCCUGUCCUUUUCGCCUUCUGAGAAUGCGCUUUUAUCCGCAAGCCGCGAUAAAACCUUGAUUAUGUGGGAUGCUAGAACUUGGAAAACCCGAAGGAUUAUUCCGGCUCUUGAGAGUGUUGAAGCAGCAGGUUUUUUGUCGGAUGAAUCGCUCUGCUACACUGGCGGAGAAAAUGGCCGUUUGAGAAUAUGGGAUCCAAACAGGGGCAGUGAAGUCAUAAGAGACCAAGAUCCCGGCCAUGAACAAGAAGCUAUAAUUGCAUGCGAAUACUCUGUAAAUUUGCCCUGGAUCAUGACGAUCCAUGCGGAUCAAACUUUGAGACUGAAUUCCAUCGAGCCCCUUCUGUCGUUAAAGCCCGGCAUGAAAAUCGAGCCCCUACCUAUAAUACGCCGAAUUUCUGGAAACGAUGACGAAGUUAUCGACUUGGCUUGCGUUGGCCGCGAUCGAUCCUUGGUGGCGUUGGCAACCAACACUGAAUAUAUUAGAAUCGUAUCCACAAACAAGGAGCAUGCUACGGAUUCUCAGUCCAGGGAAGAGCAAAAUUAUUUUGGUGCGGAAGUCACUCACCUAGAAGGGCAUGAUGAUAUUAUUAUCUGCCUGGAUGUCGACUGGUCAGGUUGUUGGCUGGCGACGGGUGCUAAAGAUAAUACGGCACGGUUAUGGCGUAUCGAUGCCGAAUCAUCAUCUUUCACCUGCUUUGCGACUCUUACUGGCCAUGCAGAGUCAUUGGGUGCUAUUGCAUUUCCACGGUCCCAACCUCCACCCAGCUCUCCCGCUUACAAAGAUCCACUGAACCAUCCACCCCCUUUCCUUUUCACUGGAUCUCAAGACCGCACUCUCAAACGAUGGGAUACGUCUAAAAUAUCAGCGUCCAACGGUCACAACCCCAGUGCACCGAAGGCGUUAUACACGCGGAAAGCACACGACAAAGAUAUCAAUGCGCUUGAUGUCAAUCAUUCUUCUACCCUUUUUGCCUCUGCUUCCCAAGAUCGCACUGCGAAAAUAUGGUCCGUAGAAGACGGCUCCGUUCUAGGAAUCCUACGUGGCCACAAGCGAGGCGUCUGGUCUAUCCGCUUCGGUCCCAAAGAUACUCCAGUCAUAACUUCAGAUUCAGGAACUAGUACUAGUCGAGGUGUCGUCGCAACCGGCUCGGCCGACAAGACUAUCAAGCUCUGGAGUCUUUCAGAUUACAGCUGCCUCCUGACUUUUGAAGGACAUACCAACAGUGUUCUGAAGCUGCUCUGGCUACCCCCGCCACUAAUUGAUGGUGAAAACGAAGACAUAUCCGCACGUGGUGCCAUACAGAUGCAUCCUUUAGUCGCAUCAGCCGGCGCUGAUGGCCUAGUCAAGAUUUGGUCCCCGUACAGCGGAGAAAUAGAAACAACUCUUGAUAACCACGAGGAUCGCGUCUGGGCAUUAGCAACACCGUCUACAUCCUCGAUUGAUAAAUCGACCGAUGGUAAUCUCGGCUUCGCUUUAAUAUCUGGCGGAGCCGACUCAGUCGUCACCUUCUGGAAGGACACCACUUCCGCCACACUGUCGGCAGCGGUAAAUGCCAGUACCGAGCGGAUUGAGCAGGACCAGCAACUUCAGAACUACAUACAUGCUGGAGCUUACCGAGAGGCCAUUACUCUCGCACUACAAUUAAACCACCCCGCUCGACUCCUAUCCCUGCUCACCGCCGCUCUGAAUGGAUCACAAACUACAAGUUGCGCAGAACGAGAAAAGGAGAGCCUUACUGGGAAUCCAGACAUCGAUAUCGUUCUCCAAUCCCUCGACAAAGAUAAUCUCUACUCUCUCCUCCUGCGUGUUCGAGACUGGAACACCAAUGCUAGAACUGCGCCCAUAGCGCAGCGCAUUCUUUACGCGCUGUCAAGAUCCUACCCACCCUCGAUAUUCAUCGACUUAGCCAGCCAUCGCCGUGCGGUGCCAAGGGACCAAGCUGGUGGUCGGAAUAAAUAUAAGCCGCAGUCCAUGAAAGAGAUUCUAGAUACGCUAGUGGCGUAUACGGAACGGCAUUAUAAGAGGAUUGAGGAGCUUGUAGAUGAAAGCUAUCUUGUAGAAUGGGUUCUUGGCGAGAUGGAUGGGGGAAUUGGCGGCGGCGGGUUGUUAAAUGGAGAGGCAGAGAUGGGACGAGGUCAAGAUGUCAUUAUGGCUGGCGUUUGA